GAAGGAUUUCAAAUAUUUGGAGAGUUGUCUCUUCUGCUGCUCUACUAAGCUCCAAAAUCCUAUUCCGACAUUUCGCCCCUUUCCUCCAUAUCCAAUAAUCCAGGUAUUUUCCUCUUCUCUGCUACAUUUCAGUCUUCCCUGAGCUUUAUCAACUAUUCCCGAGCUGGGGUUUCGUCUUGUAUCAACUAUUGCGUGAGUUGUUUAGAUCUAUGAUUAAAAAUCGAGUCUUGAAUCUUGCUCCGCUGUUGUUCUAUUGCCGAUAUUUUGUUCAUUUGGUAGAGUGCCAGUAUGAGUUUCAAUAAUGUUUUUUUCUAUGAAGUGAAUGGGGAAUCUUGAAUCUUGCUCCACUGUUGUUUUAUUGCCGAUAUUUUGUUCAUUUGGUUGUGCAGGAAAAGAGUGCCAGUAUGAGUUUCAAUAAUGUUUUUUCCUAUGAAGUGAAUGGGGUGAGGUAUUACUAUGAGAUGGUGCCUCCACAGCAUAAUGAGAUGCAGCAGCCUCCACAAUACAAUGACAUAGUGCCACCUCAACCUCACUUCUCCGGGAUGACAUCUGCUGCUGCGUUUCACGGGAUGCCGACUCCCGAUUCGUUCUACAUGAUGCCACCUCCUGCUCCAUUCCAAGGGAUGCCACCUACUGCCCCGUUCCACGGGAUGCCACCUACUGCUCCGUUCCAAGGGAUGCCACCUACUGCCCCGUUCCACGGGAUGCCACCAACUGCUCCGUUCCAAGGGAUGCCACCUGCUGCCCCAUUCCAAGGGAUGCCACCUACUGCUCCAUUCCAAGGGAUGCCGCCUACUGCCCCGUUCCAAGGGAUGCCGCCUGCUGCUUCGUUCCACGAGAUGCCACCUGCUGCCCCGUUCCACGGGAUGUCACCUGCUGCUUCGUUCCAAGGGAUGCCACCUACUGCUUCAUUCCAUGAGAUGCCACCUACUGCUUCGUUCCACGGGAUGCCACCUACUGCCCCGUUCCACGGGAUGCAACCUGCUGCUUCGUUCCACGGGAUGUCAACUGCUGCUCCAACACCAAAUUACUUGCCGGAUUACAGGAGGUUUUGGGUGGCACUUCAGGUAUGUAACUAGGCGCAUAUAGUUUGUUUGGUUGGUGCUGCCUCAUUUUCAUGUGUAGUGCUUCUUGUAGGAAAACAUAAAACAUUGAUAUAUUU